CGAAAGUUCAGUCACAUUUCCUACCAAACGCGUGCAAUGUCGAGUGAAUUGCUGACGUACGAGUUCGUGUGCAAGCUGUCAGAGCUUCCGUCAGGCUCUAAGAAAUGCGUCGAGUUACCGACGUCGCAUCGCAGUGUCAUGCUGCUCAACAUCCGCGGGCAGGUUUUCUGCAUGGACCAAGCCUGCUAUCAUCACGGUGGACCUCUGGUAAAUGGAGACAUCGAGGAACUAGGCGGCAAAGUGACGAUCAAAUGCCCGUGGCACGCAUACCAAAUUGCAGUGGAGACAGGGGAGGGUCUCUACAAGGGCGUAGAUAUGUCCAUGACCCCGUCCGGUAAACUACAGCCGUCAUCUCCCAGACUCAAGUCCAAGGGCGUCAAGCAACGUACCCACUUCGUAGAGCUGCGUAACGAUGGACAAGAUAUCUACGUCGCGGAUUCCUCUGCUAUUCCAGGUACAACAUUGACACAUGACAAAAAGAGUGUGUUUGUGUUUAACUGUUUCUGCCUAUUUCUGUAGGCGCAUCAAUGAUCGGGUCGGAUGUCUACGCCUUCCGCACUGCCAACAUCCCCGAAGCCGCCAAGAAGGGCGAAGUACGGAUCCACUCGCGCUUCGAAUAGUCAGCAAUACAAGCCAAGUCACUUCAGGCUCUUUAAUUUAUUGCAUCCCCAUCGUCACACCUCUCAGAGCAGCGACUUGGUCACAAUACGCGCAGCCUCAGCACGAACAAAGAGC